AUGUUUCUCUUCAUCUUCUCCUUCCACUCCUCCACCAUUCAGAGCAUCUGCUUCCACUGCUCCACAGAUGCCAGUGGCACUGCGGUCACAGACGCCUCUACAACCUCCUCCAUUGGCUCUUCAGCCAGCUCCUCUCCUAUCAACUUCUCUCCAAUCAACCCCUCCUCAAUCAACCCCUUCAUCACAGAGCUCAUGAAGCUCAACAUCCCCAAAACCCUCACAUUUUUCUUCACACCCUUCUCUUCCUCUAACACCUCUGCUCUGAAUGAAUCAAACACAAUCACUGUCUUCAAAAUCUGCAUCUCUGCAGACUCAGCUGCCGCUCAGUGCUGGAAUCACAGAGCAUUUACUUCAGCCCUGCUUUGA